AUGCGCAUCAAUUUUGCCCCAUUAAGAAUACCAUGGCGCCGUCGUGUACAGACAGCGGUUGUCAUACUGUGGGUCUUCUCCUUCCUUGUUCUUGCUCAGUGCUGCAUUGCGCUCUUCAUCAUCCUCCUCUUCACAUGCUUCUGGUUCAUACCCGUGCUGUACGCAACAUGGUGGUUCUGGGACCGCAACACGCCGUACCAAGGAGGCCGCAGGUCUCACUUCCUCCGCAACUUGAGAUUGUGGGGCCACUUUCGGGACUACUUUCCCAUUCACCUCGUCAAGACUGUAGACUUAGAUCCAAAGAAGAAUUAUAUCUUUGGCUUCCACCCACAUGGAGUCCUGGUAGCAGGAGCCUUCGGAAACUUUUGCACAAUGGCAACAGGGUUCAGCGAAAAAUACCCUGGAUUGAAGCCACAUCUACUGAUGCUGUCUCUCUGGUUCAGGGUCCCAUUCUUUAGGGACCUCAUCAUGGGUGGAGGUUUGGUGCCAUCAGCCAAGGAGAGUGCAAAGUAUUUACUGAGCAGAGCCGAAGGCGGAAAUAUCGCUGUCAUUGCCAUUGGAGGAGCUCCAGAAGCUCUUGCUGCCAGGCCAGGGGCAUUAACGCUACUGUUGAAGGACAGAAAAGGAUUCAUCAAACUUGCUCUCCAGUUUGGGGCACCCAUAGUUCCCGUCUUUUCCUUUGGCGAGAAUGAAGUGUUUGAUCAGGUGAAAAAUCCCCAGGGUUCGCUCUUAAGAAAGAUCCAGGAACGCUUGCAGAAGGUGAUGGGAAUAUCACUCCCCCUCUUCCAUGCCCGUGGCGUAUUCCAGUAUAGCUUUGGUCUCAUACCAUACAGGAAGCCCAUUCACACUGUGGUUGGCAAGCCGAUUGAUGUGGAGAAGAAAGAGAAUCCAUCGCAAGAGGAAAUUAAUGAAUUUCACCAGAAAUACAUCGAGGAACUUACCAAACUCUUCGAAGAGCAUAAAACAAAGUACAACAUUCCCGAGGACAAGCACCUGACUUUUAUCUGA